AGUGAAGGUGGGGGAACUGUCAUAUUAUCCAUCAAUUUGUAGGUGUUAUGUGAUGAAAAUUAAAAUAAGGCUUUAAAAAUUAAUUUUAGGAUUAUUUAGAUACCGAAUAUUAAUUUUAUAAGAAGGCUACAAUGUUUCUUAUUGAUUUGGAAAGUUGAUGUGACGUGUAUGAAUAUGUCGGGUGGAGUAUCACCCGAAAUUCGCGCUUUUCGACUACGCAAUGUUGAUGGAUAUGGUGGGAGGACAAAUGAUGUCGUCUACUGUCCCCCUGCAACCCCCUCCAGCGAACCCAGCACCGUCGUCUUCUUUGGAGGAGAUGUCCAGGACUUCCCAGAAAAUAUGCAAUCCCAUAGGGAUCACAAGCACUACAUAAAAUGGAACCUGGAGGAUACCGGUCGUUUAAUUCGGUCCCAAUUUCAAGACUGCCACGUCGUAGUCGUUAGACCCUAUAGGUUGGUUAUUCUAAUGAUAGAAUACAAGACGUUUAGCUCAUUCGAAAAUUUUGUCCCAUGCAAUAACUGCGGUGUCCCAGAACACACGCCCAUGCACUUUGCCCUCCAGCAUCUGGAAAAACUGCUUGAGAUGAUUAGUGAAAGACUGGAGACUGCCAGUAUUGGACAGCUCGAAAAAUUAGUCUGUAAUAAUUCGUUUCUUUGUCAAGACGAUAGCACUGAGAACGAACUGCAAUUUUUUCGAAAUUCGUUACCAUCGUCAACUUCUAUUGAAGUUUCUUCUUUGAAGAAUUUAAAUCCUGCAAAGUACUGGUGGAGGGAGGGGAUAAAAUUGCACAAAAACAAUCUGAUCUUAAUCGGCUUCAGUAAAGGCUGUGUGGUACUGAAUCAAUUUCUGUACGAGUUCCAUUACUUGAAAACACUCACCCCCGAUGAUAAUACAUCCAUGUCCAUCGUGUCCAGAAUAAAAGACAUGUACUGGCUAGAUGGGGGGCAUUCUGGUGGAAAAAAUACCUGGAUUACUUCGCGUAGUCUUCUCGAAACACUUACAAGACUUGGUAUUAGGGUACAUGUACGAGUAACUCCGUAUCAAAUAACUGAUGAUAGAAGACCGUGGAUAAAAAAAGAAGAGAAGAUGUUUACGGAGAUGUUACAAAAAUUGGGUGCAAAUAUCGAUAGGUCUGUUCACUUUGAAUCAUCCCUUCCCAAUCUGUAUACACAUUUUGACGUAUUGACCGUGAUAAACCCCACCAAUUGAUAUUUAUUAGUAGUUAGGAAAUGUUACAUGAUUUUUCCUGUUUCUCUAACUUUCUUGUGACGAUAACGACAGUGCAAUUGAAAUUUUAUUCCCUGAUAAUGUUAUUAUUGUUGUUAUUAUCGAACAUUAAAUUUUUGUUGCUAU